AUGGGCCUUUUGCCACUCACUUACACGCGUCCCAAGCAUGUGGACCAGCAGUCAUCCCGUAACAGCGUCGCCAGCUCGGACAGGAACUCGUUCUCUGAUGCGGAAAAGACUGAUGGCUCGAUCAAGUCUGGCUCCUCUGGUUACUCAUCGAGUAUACCGGACUCGUUGACCUUUGAUAAGAUUAUCAACGGCGGUACAUGUCCGCCCAUGACUGUUCGCGACUUCAUGUCGUAUCUGAUCUAUGUGGAGCAUGCAGCCGAGAACCUCCAGUUCUACCUGUGGUAUCAAGAUUAUGAGAAGCGCUUCUAUACAAAUCCCAACACUGACAUGGCUCUUGCUCCUGAAUGGACAAAGACCAUGCAGGAUGAGACUGUCAUCAAGAUCAGAAAGGAGCAAGCCGAGAAAAUGCGCAAAGAGCCUCAGGCGGCGGCAAUGUUCAAGGGCAGCGACUUUGAGAAGAAGGCCACUGGACAAGACAGAAGCAUGAGCAACACUAUCGAUCCAUUCGCCACACCUCCCCAGAGCAGCAAAGGAGAUAAAGCAUCGAUAUUCUCAGCACCCUCUACGAUGAACUCGCUCAACGCCAUGAGUUACCAAAGCCAAGCAUCGGAGGCAUUUCAGGGAGCUGGCGCACAACAGCCUUUUACUGUUCAGCCAUUCAGAGAAGAGAUCAACAGAGUGAUUGUAACAUACAUCAUGGACGGCGCUCCCAGACAACUGAAUCUCUCGUCGUCUGAGCAAAAGACAGUAAUCGUAGCACUCUCCAGGACAACCCACCCAAGUGCUUUCCGCAGCGUCUUCAAGACAGUCGACUCCAGUCUUCGGCACCAGGCUCACCCCAAUUUUGUCCGAUGGUCGAUAUGCAACGGUAACCCUGCCCGUGUGUUCUUCGCUCGCGCACUGGGAGUUGGCCUCAUUGCCGCCGGCAUCGUUGUUGCCCUGAUCAUCACUCUGAGCAGCGCUGGACGAGGAUACCGGGCCUUGGCAGCCAUCGCUCUUGUUCUUGGUAUCAGCACGCUCAUCGCAGCCUACAAGGGCAUGUGCGUUGUUCUGCACGGAAUGCACCACCGCCACGUAAGGCCGUGGGAGUUGUUCGUGGACAGCGAGAACAUGGACGACACACCCAAGCGAAGUUUUGAAUCCUUCGGCUCCAAGAACAGCUACGAGGACGAGCCAUGGGUUGUCAAGUACGAGAAGCGCAACGUCGUCCGCAAGGUGUUUGACCGCGAAGUCUGGAUCCAGGAGCCAGCUCUGCGACAGAUCCAAGACACCAUUUUUGUGCAGGCGAUACUCGCUUCAGUUAUCAUGGGCGGUAUCAUUACGGCAAUCUUUGUUGCCGUCCCUGGCGGUGACCUCUUUUAA